AUGCCUCGCGAGCGUUCAAUGUCGGGCACCAUCCCGUCCAUGGAGACUGCCCAUGAUCAGCUCAAAGAUAACACAAUCAUUAUAGUACUUGGGGCCUCGGGUGACUUGGCAAAGAAGAAGACCUUCCCUGCUCUUUUCGCUCUGUAUCGCCAGCAAUUCCUUCCCCGAGACUGCAAGAUCGUCGGCUAUGCUCGCACAAAGAUGGACCAAGCAGAUUUCGAGAAGCGUGCUACUUCCUACAUCAAAGGCUCCGACGAACCAUCGACUGCUAAUACAAUCGAAGCUUUCAAGCAACUUCUCACCUAUGUUUCAGGAGACUACGAGGACGGUGCCGCUUAUGAUAACCUCCACGCACAUCUCCAGGAAAUCGAAUCAAAAUACCAAUCCAAAGAAGCUAAUCGUAUCUUCUAUUUGGCGCUCCCCCCUUCAGUCUUCAUUCCAGUGUGUAAGAACUUGAAGGAACAUUGUUACAAUGCAAAAGGGGGUGUCAAUCGCAUCAUCAUAGAGAAGCCGUUCGGCAAAGAUCUCGAGUCAGCUCGUACCCUCCUCGGCUCUGUCAAGCAAUACUGGACUGAAGACGAGACUUUCCGCAUCGAUCAUUACCUGGGGAAAGAGAUGGUCAAGAAUCUUCUUGUCCUUCGAUUCGCUAAUAUUACCAUGGGCGCUGCAUGGGACAAAAAUUCGAUCAGCAACGUCCAAAUCACCUUCAAGGAACCCUUUGGCACCGAAGGCCGUGGAGGCUAUUUCGAUGAAUUCGGAAUCAUCCGUGAUGUCUUACAGAACCAUUUAUUGCAGGUAUUGAGUAUCUUGACUAUGGAGCGUCCUGUUUCUUUUGCCGCUGAGGACAUCCGCGAUGAGAAGGUGAAAGUCCUCCGCUGCAUUCCUCCGAUCGAGAGAAGCGACACACUCCUGGGUCAAUACGUAGCUGCAAAUGGAAAGCCGGGAUACCUCGAUGACGAUACUGUACCUCCCAACUCUGUGUGCCCCACAUUUGCCGCGACAACCUUGUGGAUCCACAACCCAAGAUGGGAAGGAGUUCCCUUCAUCCUCAAGGCCGGAAAAGCACUGAACGAGAGCAAGGUCGAAGUCCGCAUUCAAUUCAAAGACGUCACCCAGGGAAUUUUCAAGGAUAUUGCUCGCAAUGAACUUGUGAUUCGUAUUCAACCAUCCGAAGCUGUUUACCUUAAGCUCAACUCAAAGACACCUGGACUGCACACCCGUGCCAUUCCUACAGAGAUGGACUUGACAUAUAAGAGACGUUUCUUGGAUGCUAAGAUACCCGAAGCCUAUGAGGCCCUUAUCUUGGAUGCUCUUCGUGGUGACCACUCUAAUUUUGUCCGUCACGAUGAACUUGACGUUGCCUGGAAGAUUUUCACACCCAUUCUUCACUGGAUAGAAGGCUUGGAAGGGCCCCGCCCACGUCCCGUCCAGUACCCAUAUGGAUCGCGAGGUCCCAAAGAAUUGGAUGCCUUUAUUGGAAAAUAUGGAUACAGAAGAAAUGCUGAAGCCUACUUUUGGCCUGUGACAAACAUGGCGGCUCUGUAA